UUUGUCACGUGACUCCCAAAAGUAGAAAUGAAGGGCGCGUUGCUUGUGGAGGGUGUUUUGGAAAGGUGGUUAGCUGAUAGUUCAACAAACAAGAUAUUUUUGGACGGGCGGUUUUAAUAAAUAUUUGGAAGAUAUCCACUAUUAUAAGCGAAUAUAUGACUGCCUGUUAACUGCAGCGGACUCAAAACAUUUUGUGUUGUGCUAGCUAGCUAGCGUUAGGUUAGCUAACCGUGCUAGCUAGUUUGUAAACACGUCACAUUCACACAGUGGUCUGGAAUAAACGGCUUUACUAAAAUUACAGCCUUUGUAAUUCAGAAGUCGUGCUUCGUUGUCAGUCCCCACAGGGUCAUGUCGCUAAGUUCAAUACAGCCCACAUUGUCUACCCUGAAGACAUGUCAGGUCGACAUUGGAACAGGAAUGGACAUCGUGUCAGACGUUGCUUUGGACCUGGUCGAAGCCCAAGGAACCGAUGACAGUCCGAGUUUGAGAAAACUGGAGCAGAUGAUGUUGGAAUGCGCCACACUGGACAGAGAGAUAAACUGCUUCGUGGAGUCUGUUGAGCAGAUGACCGCUCGAGUGAGACAUGAACCUCCACAUGCCAUGUUCACACUGUUGGACUCUGUAAAGGAUCGCUUCUCUGAACUCAUGGCCGAAGAUGCAGACAUUCAAAGGCACAGCAAGGUGGUGGCCUUCAGGGACAGCAUCAGGAAAUCUGUCUCACAAGGAAAUCAGAUGGCAGCUGCUAAUGUGGAAGAGGAGCUGGAUGAAGACAUCGCUGUAACACAGAGUCAGACAAACUUCACAUGUCCUCUUACCCAGGUUGAGAUGGUGAAUCCAGUGAGAAAUAAAAAGUGCCAACAUUACUACGACCAAGAAGCUGCACUGGCCAUGAUCAAGACCAAGCACAACAAUAAGAAGAAGUUUCGCUGUCCUGUUGUUGGCUGUGGGAACAUGGAUGUAAAACAGUCAGAUUUGGAACUGGACCUGGUGAUGAAGAGAAUGAUCCAGAACCAUAAGAGGCAGAGCGGAAAGAGUUGAGUUCCGAGUCACAGAGUUAUCUUUAUUUUUGUUAAAACAUUAUUUGACUUAUUAGGCAUUUUUAUAUUUGUUUCUGGAAGAAAGCUUUGCAACUUCAUUGUGGUUUAUACUGUAUCAUGUUUUAUCAUACUUUUUUUUUUUUCUUAAAAUAAAUGUAAAAUAUUUGCACCUUGUCACA